AAUGCAAACAAAAGUACAAAAUCUUUGGCUCGACUCUCAACGCAUCGCGCGUAUAUUGUGGCCGUUUUUCCUGCAAAUCUGCAUGUCGAUUUUGUCAAUUUCUUUAGCUACAUCCGCGUAUUUGUUCACGUUAUUGGAGUCUGUUGGAAAUUGCACAAAAAAUCGCGGGAGUGCAUCAAAACAAAUAGCCACCAGCAGAAGACGAUUGCUUGUAAACGCUGGUGAUAUAAAAAAAUCAAACAAACAUGAGAAACCGUUCUAUGUCGGUGUUUGAGCCAAAGGAAAGUACUCGUUUGUCGAUGAAAUUUGAGGGAGUUGUUUCCGACGACAUACGAUCUGAUACUGAAAAUGAGGACCUUGCUGACGAAUCCGCCGCCGAGGCCGAGAUUGAGGACCAAGUGAUUUCGGAAAAUUGGACCCAGGAAGAUUACGAUCUGUUGCUGGAAAAGUUGCAUGCUGCCUUGCCAAAGAGGGACGUCCGGAAGAUAAAGACCUCACUGCAGGCGAUUGAUUGGGACAAGAUAGAGCUGCCAAACCACAGCCCAGAAGAGGUGAAGGAAGUUUCACUGAUGCUGAUCUCGAAGGUGCGCCCCUUCAAAACGCUAACCGAGAUAUUGAAAGAUGUCCCGAAAGUCGUGCACAAACUGUUGGAGGCGGAUAAACCAAAAAUGCCAAUGUCAGCCUAUAACAUUUUCUUCAAAACAAAUUUGCCCAGGUGGAAGGAGCAAAACGAUUUGAAGCCGAGAGAACUUUUCAAGUAUGCUGCCAGUGAGUACCAGAAUCUUUCCGAGAAGAAGCGGCGUAAAUAUGAGGAUGAAGCUGCCCGACUGAAAGCUGAAUACAAGGAAAAGAUGGAAAAAUAUAAGAAGACAAACCCUGUCCAGAGUAAAGCGAAUGCACCCAAAGUUAUCAAAGGUCUAGCGAAAACGCCUUUCAAUCUGUUCUAUUACUCGCGCCGUGAGAUUUCAUCCAAUAUAACUCUGCAGCAGGCGCGAAAGGAGUGGGAAACAUUGGCGGUUAAGAACAAGAUCAAAUACAUCAAAGAAUCAUUCGAGAUGCAGAGUGAAAGUAAGCUGAAUAAGAAGGAACAGGAAAUACUGGACCGCUAUCACGGUAAACCCGAUUUUGUUGGACGGAAUCCGUACGAUUACUUUAUGCGAAAACUUCGCCCAAAGUAUGAAGAGAAGAACAUCGUUGGAACUGAGCGCGAGCGCCUGAUGAACGAAGACUACAAGAAGCUGACGGAACAACAGACGCAGGAGCUUAAACUGGAAUAUGCAGACGCACGGGAGAAAUACAUUGUCCAGUAUCGGGUGUUUAUCCAAAAUUUACCGCCAGAGAAGCGGGAGGCCGAAAUACAAUAUUUGCAAAGUAUGGUUGAUAAGGGUAAAAAGGGGAAGGAAGAAAAACGAUCCAUUGACGGGGUAAAAACCAUCAAGGCAGAAGAACGCCAUUCCGUACCGGCGGAGGAGGAUCCGCCAGCAGCAGAGUCAACGACAAUACAGAAACCAGAGAAAGAAAACAAGAGUAAGAAAAAGAAGGCAAAUCCCGCGCCAGAACCAGAGACAAGAGAUGUUACGCCGCCACGCCAGCCGAAUAAAAAAGCGAAAGUGGUAUCACCUGUGAAGGUAGUGGAGAAAAAAUCCAGCAAACAAAAUGAUGAAGCACCAUCGAACUCUGUUGGUCAUGAGGACAAAAGUACCACGAGCAAAAAUGGGAAAGGUGAUUCGAAGAAACGUUCUUCACCGGAAGGCGCACCCCUGCAGGUGACGGAAAAGAAGAAGCCCAAGGUAGAGAAGCAGGCAACACCCGCCAUGAAGGAACCGGAAAGGCCCCCCAAAGUGAUCGAAGAGUUCUACCGGCAGCGAGUCUACAAGGGCAAGGUGGGCAAACAUCUGGAAUCGUUCGCGAAUCUUUCGGCGACGAAAAAGACCGAGAUCGCCAACCGCAUGAAGCAAGCCCAGAAGCAGUAUCUGGUCGAUUUCGAGCGCUUCUUGAAAUCGUUACCCAAGGACCGCAUCCAGGACUACGUUCUGAAGAUGAACGCGCAGAAAAAGGGCCGGAAAUCCGAAUCCGAAGAGGACGAAGAGGAGUCGGGAAGUAGCGGCAGUUCCGAGGAGGAGGACGAUAAUUAAAUUACGUGUGUUAGAUUAUAGAAAACCAGAAACUCUAAGGAUAAAAGUACAAUGUUUCAAUUGUACGGUUUGUUUACUUUUUCUGUUCAAAAAAAAAAAAAAUGAACAAGGGAAAUAGUUUUGUUUGCUGUAUGUUCGACGAUUUCAAUGAAACAUGUUUAGUUUUUGAGUAGACAACUGACUCUUGAUUCUUUUAAACUGUUUAUUUUCUCAGAAUUUGAAUAAGAUUCGCUCCACGGCGACCGUACGGAUCGGUUGGAAUGAAAAUCGCAGAUUUGAAAAAGCAAAACCCAAUCACCCUUUGUUCUAUAACUGGGUGAAAACUAGAGUUUUCAUGAUAUGAUUGUCGAAAUUCCCGUUCCGAUAACACAGCCGCAUCAUCCUGAACCGCUUUCUGGAGCAUUUGAGCUUCCAAUUGCACGUUCAUUUCGGCCGUUCCAGGGGUGCUGCAGUCGACUUCGAUCAUCUUACCAUUGUUGUACAAAUUAUCGAACGCGUAUGCGUUCGAUGCCUUUCCCCGUAAGUAUUUCGGAAUGAAAGCGGUUGUCUGAUGACCGGCGUUUUGGAACCAGUCCACCGCAGUUUGAACUCUUUUGGCAUCGAACUGCUGAGUAAUGGCAUCGUAGGCGAUGCUCUCGCCAUCGCAGAUAACGGGGCGCCUCUGAUCAAUCGGAAUAUUUUGAUCGGUAAUCCUUCUGCGGUUUCGUUGGUCUACUGCCUGCACCAGUCUUCUAUUGGACGCAACGGGAUUCAAUUGCCGAUUGGAUUGUGUCGAGGGGUUGUUCGCAGAUCUUGGAUUUCUGCUCUGUCGACGGAUGGGGUUUCUAACCCGAACUCUUCGUGCAAAAACCGCGGAUGAAGGAGUUUUCAUCUUUACAAAAAAAUUUGGAAGCACAGAUAGGUUUGAAUUUUCUAAAUUUAAUGAACGGUUUUGAUUGCCAGUCAUGAGCUACUGCGCUUUAUGUGCUGUCCUCUGAUAUUUCAGAGUUGUAUAAAAACUCGAUUCAUAGGGUAGAUAGGGGCGAUAUGACCAGGUGGGAUGGGGUUCAAGUGGAGUUCAAAAGCUAUAAAAGUGCUUACAUCUCAGCUGUCAGUAGGGUUCAAAACCAGAGUCCUAUCACUCCUAUCCCAACUAAUACAAAUUGAGCAUAGGCAGCAUAAAGAUAGGGCUCACGCAUUGUUUAUUUUUUGGAGUCAAUAUUGAUGCAAAUAUGUUCAGCAUUUGCGAUGAUGUGUAGCCAAGGAUUCCGCUGGAUAGUUCUUAGAUGUUUGGAUAUCAUUCGUAAGCUUUACUUUGCGAUUGCGAUUAAAAUACUGCAGCAGGAUCGCACGAAGCAUUUCUAAGGUUAUGAUGUCUAUGCUCAUGAAUUUCUGUGCUGGCUACACAAAGGCGGUCAACUUAGCAACCUCUCGUUCAAAACGAAUCAAAUCGCCUACAUCUCAGCUGCUUUGGUGCUCGAGAUGUCGGCAUCAAAAACAUGGCUGCUCAUAAAAGGGAUGUCACUCACGUCAUGGCAGAGUUUUCAAUAAAAUCGAAUACACAUCAAAAAUGAGUUGAAAAAAUCAAAAUACAAUUUUUUUUUCUGCGUUAGAGCUUCUUAAAUUGGUCCAGCAUGUACGACCAUACAUAGAAGUCCUGAAAAUUAAGGUUUGGGGAGCUGGGAGGUUACAAACUCUUAUCGAAUUCUCUCGACACCACGCUGGAACGACAUUGGUAGGUGCGGCCGGAGCGCCGUCCUGAUGAAAGACGUAAUGAUUCUUCCCUUAGAGGUACUGAAGUGCCGUGGCCACAACCAUCUCCAGAACCUCGGUGUUAUAGUACGCGACGUUGAUUUUCACAUUUUUCUCGAUAAACACCAGUGGGAGCCGCGUCGGUGAUGGUUUGGGGGCUCCGCGAGAUGUUUAUGUGGGACGGGGCGAUGCUGGCCAACAUGGGCGCCCACAGCCGAUCAUUUUGGACAUUGUGCGGCUGUUGCAAGACAAUGAGUUUGUCAUAAGAAAACUCAAACUCCUGACCUGCGUGCGGUGAAACUAUCAGGUUGGCUCUGUUCAGCCUCUUCUUCGUUGUUACCCCGUGAACCUUGAGUUUCUUGUACGGAUUCUAUCCCAGGUACUUCGUCAUGAUGGUGUGGGCAGUCCCGAUAGACACAUCCAGUUCAGAUUUUGCAAAGAAAGCAAAACGAAAAAGCCGUAAUCAUAAGGUAUGUAGGCCAUUUUUUGAAUUUAUGACGAUAACAUGCUUUUUUUUGCUUGAAAAUCCACCGUGUGGGACAUUUUUAAGAAUUGUUGAAACUGCGUACUCGUUUUUUGCUUCCGAGAGCUCGAAUACUAGAUCACGUUCAUGGUCCCUCCUAUCAGCAGUUAGUGAUUUCAGAAUUCUGUGCCAUCUGUACUUUGGUGUGAUGUACUACGUGAAGUAGAUCUAUAGCCAAAUCUAGCUGAAGCAAAAUAGUCCAAAAUUGCAUCAAAAUCAAAGUCUUAGCGAUUUUUUCUCGUUCGAAUGAAUUGCCAUGCCAUUGAGUCGGUCUUCGCUUAUUUAAGAACGCAGAGAAUUUUCAAUCAAUUUAAGGUUGCUGAAACUGCGUUCGCACGUUGCCAGCUGGAAGCGUCUGUAAAAUUCGUAGCGCCGUCUCGAUGUUAGGAUAAAAUGCAUCGAGAGAAUAUCUGAGAAUAAUGUUCAAGAUGCCUAAAGGCAUCGAAGAGUUUAGGUCAGGGAAUUGGUCCUUUAUCUGCGUCUUAAAAACUUCCACCUCUGAUACAAGUUCCUCUGUUUCAACAUCUGAUCCAUGAUCCUGGUCCAAUUGAUCCAUGCUCAUAGAUGUUAUGGCGGGUUUACAUUAGGGAGAUCUAUAGCUAUAGAUGGAUUUAUUCACGUGAAAAUAGGUGUAAACGGAUGAGAAUAAAUAUGAUACACUUAUUCGAGGUAUAUAUAACUUGAAUAAAUUCAGCAUAUGUAAACGCUUGUGAAUUUCUCACUGGUGAGAAAUCACUAAAGUUGGAUGCAGUUCUACUUCAGGUGAAUAAAUUCACCGAAGAUAUGAAUAUAUUCAUUAUAGAAGUUCACGCUAGUGUAAACGGAUGAUGCGAUUUCUAUAAAUCUCGUCAUAGUUCUUCACAUGAAUAUAUCCCUAGUCUAAACCAACCCUUAGUCAGUCGUUAUAAACGGAAAAUCUGAUGCUUUAUCCGCUAUAGCAGGGGUGGCCAAACUUCUAACCACCCAUUCCUACCAAUACAAUAUGUUUUUAAGGUCAUUGUUAAUAAGUAGCAACACAUUUUAUGUUUGUGCUUUAUGUGCUGAAUGCUUGUUUUAUAUCUGAUAAAGCGGUGGAAACAUUAGGUUGUAUAUUUUGGUCAUGUUUUUCAUAUUUUUGUCCAAAUGCACUCACAUUUAUUUGCAAACAGGCUGCCAAAUAGAAAUCUGUCAAAGGAGAGCGAUAUUUUGUUUCGAUUGUAUUCAUUCGAUAUGAAAAAUAUGGAUCGUCCGGUAAGCACU